AUGGCGACCGCCGAGGAUCGACCACGAACCCGAGCGAAGAAGGCAUGCUUGGCCUGUAAUGCCCGCCGCGUGCGUUGCAACGUGCUCGAGGCGCAGCCGUGCCGCAACUGUGUGGCGUGGAACCUCUCCUGUGAACUGGGGGUCUCACGACGUGGAAAGUACCCCCGUCGCAAGACUGGUCGCUCGUCUCGGGCACUGGGCGACCACAACGAACGCGUGGCCGCCUUCUCGACAACUGCGCGGACAGUGCCGAAGAGAGCAGAUCUCCGGUCCGUACAGCCGGGCCCACCACUCCAGCAUUAUGCCCCUCCAUCUCGGCCGGUGACAGCGGGCGAGGACACGAUUCAUAAAACGGUCUUCCUGGGCGAGUCCAGCCCUCUCACCUGCGUCGUGGACGAAGGGCGCCGGUCUCCGGACAAAGGCUACGUGGGUAGGAAUCAAACGGGACGAUUACACUACUCCAUCUCCGAGAUUCGUGCCGUCGAACCCAGUCAGGACCCCCUCGGGGAGCGUCGCAAGAUCCUUCAUGACCGUUUGACGCAGGAAGGUGCUUUGGUCUUUCCCUCCGCAGCCAUUUGCGACACUCUCCUUGAUGCCUAUUUUGAAUGGUUCCAUCCGUGUUUUCCAGUGCUGGAUCGGCAAGGCGUACAAAAUGGUUAUCGAGAGAGUACCAGCUCGCCAUUGCUAGUGCAGGCUAUGCUGUUCAUUGGUGUCAGUUUGUGCUCGGAUUCCGUGUUGCACACCACUGGGUUCAGCGAUCGCUAUCAGGCAAAAGGCGUCUUUUACCAGCAUGCGAAAGAAAUCUACGAUUCUGGAUGGGAGACUGACACCAUCAUCAAACUGCAAUCGUUGUUCCUCCUAAGCUUUUGGCGCGGAGGCCCCAAUGAGGAGCGGGAUGUUCGAUUUUGGCUGGGAGCGGCCAUCGCGCUGGCCCAGAAGAAAGGCAUGCAUCUGUCAUUUCUCAGCACCACUGAGCAGAGAAUUUGGAAAAGGAUCUGGUGGGCUUUAUAUGUCCGUGAUCAACAGACUUCAGCCGCUUUGGGACUCCCUUCUCGAAUUCGCGACGAGGACUGCGAAGUCACAGAGCUCCAGCCUUCCGAUUUUGAGGAAACUGAUACAUCCCCCGAGAUAUUCCGAAAACCACCUGCGGUUUAUGUCUCCUACGUGAUCAGAAUGGCCCAGCUUGCUAGAUUAUUACGGGAGGUGGUCUCCAGUCAAUACCUACCAGGCCAGUCAGAAUUGGAAAGCCCAGCACGUCCAAGCCUUCACCAACGCCUGUUAGAGUGGGAAUCUGACUUGCCGGAAGAAAUGCGAUUUCAAGCACCCAUGAGCCGCGAGUCCAUGUUCCUUCCUCCCCGGGAGCAUACACAGCUCGAUGGAGGUAUUGCAUUGGAUGCAGCAGCCCGAAGCACGCGGAUUCUUGAGGACAUGCUUUCGGAAGGGCUGGUCCAACACGGUUCCCUUCAUCUAAUCACACAUACCUUUUCUGCGCUCUGCAUUCACACCAUCCAUUUUGAACGAACCACGGGCACAGCCCGCAAGCUGGCCGAGCAUCGAGCAAAGUUGUGCCUUCUGGGACUCAAAGAACUACAGAAAUCUUGGGAUUUGGAAAACUGGGUCCUAGACCUUUUUUUCCGCUGCCUGGAUGAUCGAACUGCCCGAGACCUUCGCUUGGCCGAUGUCGCGGUAGCUCCCUCUACGUUGCCUCGGCACCCCAUCAGAGCCAGUCAACGUCAUGAUUUUAUCCCACAACCGACAUCUUGCAGUGGAACAGAAAGCGUCCCAACUCAUGACCAUGCCAUUGUUCCAGCCACACACACAGGCCACGAAUCAAACACAGCUGAAGAUACCGUUAACAUGGACUGGUAUGAUCUUUUUAACGUGGGAGAUGACUUCAUGGGGAUCGCGGGGUCCUUGUCCAACCCAGACUAUCUCAAUCCCCAAAAUUUGGAGUUUCUCUACCGGUUCUUAUAA